UGCGUGCUAGGUGUUUUUAAAAAAUCAACAAUAAGGUCUGAAAAAUAACGUGUUAGCAAAAUAUUUAUUUUUUGUGUUAAUUUUGAAAUGGAGUAUUCUGAACCAAAUGAGAGGCCGAAAGAUGAAUCAAGGUGUGGUGCUCUUCGAGCGCAAUUAAAAAUGUGUUUAUUAAAAACAGAUUGCUGCAGAGUUUAUAAAAUAACGCCUCGAGAGUGCUUACUAACACAUCACGAGUCUGUACCAGAUGAAUGCUACUUAUUAAGAAAUACGUUUUUUGAAUGCAAAAGAUCUCUUAUUGAUGCAAGAAGACGAUUCAGAGGUCCGAAAGGAGUAUAACUUUCAAAUUAUAAAAAAACACGUGCAUGAAGGUUGUUGAUAAUGUAAUCAUCUUACAUCAUAAAGAGAGGACAAAAGAUUUAAGGUAAUGAUUUUGG